AUGACUACCCCGUGUUGUCUGCAGACAUUUUAUGAGGACUGUAUCACCGGUUGGUUACAAAACAACACUACCUGUCCUUAUGAUAGGAAGAGCUUAUCUCUGGAUAAAUUAACAAGAGCACCAAGGGUCCUAGCAAAUAUGUUAGGAAACUUAAAUAUUAAAUGUGACUUUUGGGAUAAGGGGUGUCGAAAAGUGGUCAAACUUGAGGACCUCAUACAACACACCGCCAUCUGUGAGCACAAUAAGGCAAACCGUCUGAAGACGUGUGACGUAUGCUAUUGUGACAAAACACGUGAUCACGACUGCGUCGAAGCGCUACUGGAGGCCAAGUGUAGCGCGAAUAUAGAAAUAGAUUUGUUAAAGAGAACGGUGAAAGAGUUGAAAAUUGAGAAAGAUAAUUUCUUGAAAACAAUACAGGAAAUGUCAAGCGAUCAUGAUGAUAAUAGUCUCGUGGUUGAAUUGAGACAGUUGCAAAUAGCUUUUGAUAAAUAAAGUGAUGAAAAAUAAUUGUUACGUUUACGGAUUCAGUACCUUGAGGAAAAUGAAUUCUUCCCAGAAGUAAGAAUAAAUUAAUUUAUCUAUUAUAUAAUUAGAGUAAACUGGUCUCAUAAAGAUUAUCAAGUACUGAUUAGCACUUGUACAGUUAUUUGAAAGCAAAGCUGAUUACUUCAAUUAUAUUUCUCUAUCAAUAUAUUGUACUAGGCCAUUGAUUUUAUAAAUAAUU